UAUGCGCCGUCGUAGAAAGGAAACGCGCUUACCUUUUGGACCUUCGCAGGCGGGAUCUGAUCAAUAGCCAGCAUGGCGGUGGAUACGUCGGAGUGUCGUUUCGGCAUAGGUGUGAAAAGCUUGGUCAAGCAAUACCCCGUCCCGUCGGGUAGCUGGUGAACUAGCUAAGAUGUAGAGAGGAUGCGGUGUGACGUGGACUUAUAUGAUCUUGCGGAACGCCGAUACUGAAGGGGCUCGGCUGCUAUCUCAGUCGUUGUUGGGAAACGCGUUGAUCAAUGAGAGACAGGGCCGGAGGGUCCUGGCAGGAGUGGCUAACUGCUCCCCAGAAUUUGGUGCUGGUCGAGAGCCGAAAAGCAGUGGCGAGGAAACGGAGGGUACACUAGGGAGAUGGAGAGUGCGACUCUUGACGAGACUCGGAUCGCGUAUGGCAGAUAUACUUAAUGUCGGCUCUCUAUCCCUCGCACGCGCUGUGUCCCGUUGUUUGCUUCCGAUUUGUGCCCAGGUGUUUGUAGUGGCGUUGGUCUCUUUAAUACCGGCUGCCAGGCUAUCCGGAAGCGCCGUGACACGAUCAGUAGGAUCGUCUUGGACGGUCUAUAUAAUCAGCCAGCCACCCCAGGUACUAUCUGGAAACAGUUGGCGUGGGUGUAAGCAGGUUUUAGGGCUGGCAGGGGCCCUCCGACAUAGGUGGGGAUGUUGUCGACCGGCUAAGCAGCGGGGAGAAAGAAGCCAGCAAGGCCAAGUCGACGUGAUAGCACCGACGGUAGCCCUGCAAGCGGCAGUAGAGGGAAGGGGUGGCGGUGGGUAUGGGUAUGGUAGCUCCAGUUGUUGCCAAAGACGAGAACACUGGGAAUCCCGGGGAGGCGGGUAUCGGUGGUUAAGGAGGUGGUGGUGGUGGCAGCAGUUGUUAUGGUGAUGGUCUCGGCGGCGGGAGUCAUGCAGGGGAGAUUACUUAGGGGGGGAGGGG